CACGCACACACAGUUGCAUCCUGCUCAUGGUCGUUGGCCUGCCCUCCUCAGCUGCUGCUCCCGCUCUAGUCCCAGACGAUGAAGAGGCCCAAGCAGCAGACGGGGCCGCUGAGCUUCCUAAACUUCUUCAGCAGAAAACCCAAAUCGGAGCCGAGGCCCGAGAGGCCUGUGGAAGCCUGGCCCAAAGAGGAGGUGGCCAUCACCCUGACGCCCAGCGAGCAUCCAGAACAGGACCUCGGCCUCGCAGCAGAAGAGGCUGGAGAAUCAAGAGUUUCUGGAGCAGAAAGAGGAGAAGGAGGAGGUCCACCGGCAGCUGCUGAGGUGGGAAAGGAUGGUGCCGCCACAGCCGAAUGCGUGGGUGGGGUCAGCAGCGGCUCCACUGGUGUCCUGUCCCUCUCCUCCUCCAGCCAGGAGCAGCUAUUGGACGAACACCUGGAGGAGUGCCCACUGUGCCUGCUCAGUCAACCGCGUUGCCACUUCCCACGACUCACCUCCUGCUCCCACCGGGCAUGCUCCGACUGUCUCCGCCAGUACCUGCGCAUCGAGAUAUCGGAGAGCCGGGUGGGCAUCGCAUGCCCGCAGUGCCCUGAGACACUGGCGCCACUGGAUGUCCGUGCCAUCCUAGAUGACCGGGCGCUGCUGGAGCGGUUUGAGGAGUACCAGUUGAGGCGUUUUCUAGCUGCUGAUCCAGAUACACGCUGGUGCCCUGCGCCUGACUGCAGCUAUGCAGUGAUAGCUUACGGCUGUGCCGAGUGUCCCAAGCUGAGCUGUGGCCGUGAGGGAUGCGACACGGAGUUCUGCUACCACUGUCGGCAGCUGUGGCACCCCAACCAGACGUGUGACCAGGCCCGGCGUCAGCGGGCCCGCCACACCUCAGGCGGCAACGAUGCCUCCACGCUGUACGUCUUCAAUGAAGAACCUGGAGGAGACGCGGAGGAGAUCAAAGCGUGCCCUCGCUGUGGUGCCUACAUCAUGAAGACCAAUGAUGGCAGCUGUAACCGUAUGAACUGCACUGUGUGUGCCUGUCAGUUCUGUUGGCUGUGUAUGCAGGAGAUCACCGACGUGCACUACCUCAGUCCCUCAGGAUGUACAUUCUGGGGGAAGAAGCCAUGGUCGCAAACCCGCAAGGUACUGUGGCAGGUGGGCAUGUUGCUCGGAGCACCGGUGGUCAUCUCCCUUAUAGCGGGCAUCGCCAUUCCUGUCAUCAUUGUGGGCAUACCAAUCUACAUGGGCCGAAAGGUCCAUGGUCGCUGUAAGAAAAACAGUAUCUCAGGAAGCAAGCACUACUUGACUGUGGCGAGUGGGGUGAUGAUGUCAGUCUUUGUGUCGCCGGUCAUAGCAGCUGUCACUGUGGGUGUGGGUGUACCGCUAAUGCUGACUUAUGUCUAUGGGGUCGUCCCCAUGUCACUCUGUAGAAACGGUUGGUGUCGACCGCAGAGUGAGCCCCCUGAAACACACAAAAUCCAACUGGAGGACUUAGCCAGCUAUCUUCUAUUCUCUCAUGUAGUCAGUGACCACUGGACGGGUCAGAACAACCCAACGCCCAGUGACACCAGCGUCCAGGAAGUUAGAGUCAGUGUACAGGAAGUGGGCGUCCUCCCAAGUACGAGCACCACGCCCCCAGAGCUAGAUAGCUAUGUGGGAUUGGAUGAAACCACAAAACGCCAUGAAUAUACUCAGCAGGACAGCCCAUCAGACUGCGAGGUGGUUAUUGUGCCUGACAGCAAGCUCGACGACACGCAAGCGGCUCCUCUGAGGGAUGGAACCAAUAUUGAGGUCCGUGUGGAAAUUGAGACCCAUCCCAGAGGCGCCCGCCAGUCCAGCCUAAGUAGCAUCCUGUCUAGCCGAAGCUUGUCAGUGGAGUCCCUGGGACACUCGCAGUCCCAGUCCCAAGACUACAUGUGUGCCUCAGAACUGGAAGGAAGACGAGACGGGGGAGGAGGAAAAGGAGAAGAGCAGGAGGGAAGAGAGAAACCAGGAGGGGAAGCAGCAGGAGGAGACGAAGGGACACCAGUCUUUGAAAUAGAUGGUGUAUGAGGUCCUUCAAUGCAGGCUUUAUACUUGGUUGAAGAUUUAGUCAGGUUUUAUGGAAAUAAACAAAAUCCAUGAGCUGACAUGUCACUGGAUUGACCUGCAAAUCGUUGGCCAAGGUCACCCCCUGCUUCCAAGACGGGCCCUCCCACCAGAUGCCUUCUAGCUCCAGCCUCUAAGGAAGACGCGGGUUUAGAGAGAGCAAAUGAAAAAGAUGCGAGUGUGUGAGUGAGUGUGUGAGACAAAUAGCAUGAGACUAUGACAUAAAAACUCAAGGGGGAUAAACUGUA